GGCUAAAAUCUUUUUGAGUCAAUUGAAAACUCGUAUUUGUUCGGCAUUGAUUGCUUCGAAAAUUCUCAAAUCAUUAGCAGAUUAUGCACCGGAUCAAGUUGCAAAAGAUACAUUAUUUGCUAAAGCGAAUGAUUUUGAAACUCAUGCUAUCGAAUUCGUACGAUGUGCUUAUAUUAAUGAUAAACAUAAAGCAUGCGAAUUGAUUAUGCGAUGUACGAAUCUCUAUGGAGGUGUUACAUGUCUUCAAAUGGCCAUUGCUGCAGAUAACAAAAGAUUUUUACAUGAAGAUGCUUGUCAAGCUCUGUUAACGAAUAUAUGGUAUGAUAGAGUUAAUCCUGUUCAAGAACGAAAACGUCUUGUUGUUAAUAUACUUACAUUUGGAAUUUCUCAGUUUUUUAUAUCGAUUUACCUGAAAAUAGUGAUGGCUUUAGAUUUAGAACUAGCGUUUAUUCGUUCGGUUUUAUUCAUCGGUAUUGCUUCUGAUCUUGGUCCUAAAAUUGUGAUGAUUCGAAAAAUGACUAAUGAUCUUAUUUUAUUUAUUGUCGUCAUCGUUAUAUUUAUUUUCGGCUAUGGAGUUUCAUCGAGAUCCAUGACAGCUUAUGGUAGUAUUGAUUUCAAAGGUCGAAAUAUUUUUCGUGAUAUAGUUUAUCCUGUUUAUUAUUUUGUUCAUGGUAGCUUCGAUAAUGAACGUACACAAUUGGAAGCUACACCGGAUUCUGGUACGACUAUAGUGACACAAGUCAUAUUCGCUUUUCAUAUGCUUUUUGUUAAUAUACUAUUGAUUAACUUACUAAUUGCUUUAUUCAGUUUUACAAUAAAUGAUAUUCAAACACAAGCACGUUAUGUUUGGGCCUACGAUCGUUGUGACAUUAUUCGUACUUAUCACGCUCGACCAGCAUUGUUUCCUCCAUUCACAUUUCUCAUUUCAAUUAUGCAAUGUUGUCGGUGGUGUUGGAGAAAAUUACACAGAAAUCGCUAUGUGAAUAAAAUACCUUAUGAAGAACAAUCUGAAUGUUUCAAAAUGAUUCCAAUUAAUGAUGAUGUUGAUUAUGCAUGGUCGGAAUUUGAACGCUAUUCAACCAAUGGUUACAUUCGACAGUUGCUCGAUGAUCAAGCUACUGCACUUGUCAAGGGAACGACUACAGAUGUUACGUCUGAAUCCUCAUCAAACAAUGCUGAUGAAUUAAAGCGUAUCAAAACUCUCGUGAUUGAUAUUCAAAAGGAUCUAGAAGACUCACAAAUAGAGAAUAACGAGAAAUUGGAGGCAAUGAAAUCUACUAUUACUGAUCUUCAAACACGAUUUGUUCAAAUGGAAAGUCGUUGUAAUCGAUGGAUGACAGAUAUGAAAGAAAUAACAACAUCAAUGAAUUGGAUGAUGAUGGCAAUGGCAAAUGCGAAAAUGGGUGAAUCAGAGCCUCCACUCAUUAAAGACACAUCAAGAACCAGUUCAAUCAGUCAAAAGCGACUGAGUGAUACUAUUUAUAAUCGAUCUAAUCAGCAAUUGAAUAAAGAAUAUACAACAGCAGGACAACCAUUGUUACAACAAGAGCGAUCAGUAACACCUGAAGUUCGUAUUAAUAUGGCUCUUCGAACAAACAAUAAUAAUGAUGUUUAG